AUGGGCACUUUUGGAGGUGUACUGCAUACGGAUGUACUACUACCAUCACCGUCUACUACCGGCACCACGAUUACUACUGACACCGCGACUUAUAUCUUGACUGCCACUACCGCCACAAUCACUUCCUCAAUAAUUCCUCCUAUUUUCACAACAAAGUUAAAAAGAGGCAUCAAAAAGUUACCUGCAUUCCUGGACGAUGGAAAUACAACACUAGCAUCAUCUAUUGAGGAUGUUGAGCGUGAAUUACGCAUGAGAUCUUCUAUUGGGAGAAUCCGAAAUUCAUCUGUUAUAUCUGUUAUUAGUAGGAGGAGUCAAAAAAAAUCACCCUAUCCAUCUUUAACCCGUGAUGAAAUAAACAUUAAUACAAACAAUCCUGAUGUGGAAAAUCCUGAACAAAAUAUUGUGACAUCAUUACUUCAACCACCAUCUUAUGAGGUUAUUACUAGUAAUCAACCCGAAAAAAUUUUAAUUCAAGUUUUGGUUCGUGCACAUAAGCAAGCUGAUCUUGAAUAUCAUUUUCGACAAGAGCGAAUGCCACCUGUUCACCAGGAUUUUGUUCCCAGAGCUGAAGUGCAUUCAUUCGUAUCCACUUAUCCAGUUUAUACGGUCUCCAAUAGACACGAGAAAUGGGUCAGAGGCAAAAAUCAAAUUUCGGGGGCACCGGUAUCGGGAACAGAUCCGUAUCCUUUAUUAUUUAAAGGAUCACAAAAAUCAUAUUCAAGAAAGAUCGAAGAUUCUUCUGUUGCGUCAACUCACCAUAUAUUCAUUUUCACCAUAAGACGUAGAGCAUGCACUAUCUUCUCUGGCGGGCUUUCACGUGUUGUGACAUAUCCACUG